AAAACACACAUCUUUAAUCAUUCUAGUAUUUUUCUCCUGCCCUCAUUUUUGCCAGGUAAAGAUUAAGAAAAAUGGUGGGGUUAUUUGGUAAAUAAGUGCAAAAUAUAUGGGUGGCUUGGUAAAAGUGUGAUAUUCUAAAUGAUUAGAUUUUUCUGUUAGAUAGAGGUAAAGAAAAGGAAAAAUGAAAAUCUGAUUUGGAAAGUUCCUAUUUGGGUGGUUUCUUUCUUUAUUUCUACAUCAAGCAAGUCGAGAAGUUGUCCCCCUUGAGCUGACGGGUAUUGAUCCACUUUCGUUGUAGCUUGAUUGUCAUUGCGUUUCCAAAAAUUUUCCCAAGAAUCCCAAAUUUUCUUGCCUUGAAUAUGGACUUUUGUUUCCGAUGCAUAAGGAUUUGAUUAUUUGGAAUUCUGACCACUGUUAGCGUCAAGAAAUUGUUGAUUUCUGCUUGUAUAUGAAUGGCUUGAAUGAUUCUAAUUGAUAAUCUGACGAGAUUUGAUCUGGGUUCCCGACUGUUUCUUCUUUGGUAUUGAUUUUCACUUGAUAGGAAAGACUUCUCGUUUCUCUGGUGAAGUUCUCUCGCUGAAUUUCGUAGGGAGGUUAUGAAUCGUUUUUGGUAGUGAAGGUGUGUUCUGAUGAAGAUUAUUGGAUAUUGAGGUGGACUUUUUUCUGGAAGGGCUCAUCAAUGGCGGGAGAAGAGCUGAUUGAGCUUAAGUUUAGGCUUGCUGAUGGCACCGACAUCGGUCCAAACAAGUAUAAUCCAACUACCUCUGUGGGAUCUCUCAAAGAAAAGAUACUUGCACAAUGGCCUAAAGACAAAGAAAAUGGUCCAAAGACUAUCAACGACAUGAAGCUUAUUAACGCAGGAAAGAUACUUGAAAACAACAGAACACUUGCUGAGUCCAGACUCCUAGUUGGUGAACUUCCAGGAGGGGUCAUCACAAUGCAUGUUGUCGUUCGUCCUCCUUUGUCAGACAAAAACACUGAGAAACAGCAGGAUGAUUCACCAAAGAAGAGCCGGUGUUCGUGCUCUAUCCUAUAAAACCCAAAUAACAGGAUUGACAGAACUUCUCCAACUGGUGUUCUUUUCUCAUCAUGCUUUCCUAUUAGAUGGUUGGUGAGAUGCAUUUCAGAAGCUUUACAUAUUUCAAAGGUUCUUGAUUUCAAGUGGCUGCAGAAACAAGAAGCCUGCGAGUCAAUUUCCAGGACUGUUAUCUGCUUCUUUGAUCUUGUGUUUCAUACUGUAAAAUAUCUGGGAGUUUCUCCAAUGCUUGUGAAGGAGAAAACAAACUGGGUGGGAUUAGGAGCUCGGUAGAUGAAGAAGAGAAAAAGGAAAAAAAAAAAAGGGUCACAGAAGAAAUGAUUUAAUUGUGUAUUGAUUUGGGGUUUAUUGUCAUUAAAUAGCUUGCUGAAUUGGUACCAUGAAUAAUUCUUCAAAUAACAUACAUGUAUAUGUUCUGUCAAACUUGUCAACUUAAUUCUUCAAAUAACAUACAUGUAUAUGUUAUGCCAAA